AGGCCGGACCAAAAGUUUUUGUGAACAUUGAACUGAGCGAGAGUGGGAUGCGCUAGCAACCAACACAUACCAUGGCGACACGACAGCCGACCAAGACGACCUUCGAGGUCAGCAAUGUCAUCCAGCCCAUUUUCACCGGUGGCUCCGUUGCGCUCGAGAAUGGCGCGAGGAUCCUGGCCUCGACGCUCGGCGAAGCGGCCGUGCUCACGGAGCUGAACACGGGCAGGCGCCUGGCCGAGAUCGAAGGCGAUGGCGAGCCAAUCUCGACCCUGACCAUCACGCCCUCGGCCUCGCAUCUGGUCGUCUGCUCGCGGUCGCUCACCAUGCGCAUAUACGCCCUCAAGCUAUCUCCGGAUUCCGACUCGGUAGAAGCGACUCUGGUGCGGACUUCGAAGCCGCACGCCACGCCCGUCGUGGUGCUCGCCGUCGACAGAACAAGCACGUUGCUGGCUACCGGUGCGGCCGACGGUGCGAUCAAGAUCUGGGAUAUUGCUGGCGGCUAUGUCACCCACACGGUUAGCGGCCCCAGCGUCCUGGUGUCGGCCCUGCAUUUCUUCGAGAUCGCCGCGACGGCUGAGAACGCGGCGAGCGAACGGAAACCGAAGAAGGGCCCGCGAAAGAGCCACGGCGACCAAAGUCAGCUGGACGGGGCGGGUUCGAAGUUUCGGCUCGCAUGGGGUACACAGGACGGCAGGGUGCGCAUCUUCGAUCUGCACAAGCGAGCCGCCGUUCCCGUGUAUGCCGAUCCGAAGAGGAGAAAAGAGGCGCAUGAAUCCAACGUCCAGAGCAUAGACUACUCGCCUGAGCAGCAUGCUCUGCUGACCGGCAGCAGAGACAAGACAAUGACCUUGUGGCUAUGGCGGGACAAUGCCUGGCAUGGCACGCCGAUGCUCCGCCAUGAGCUGGUCGAGUCGGUCGGGUUCCUGAACGAGGGCAAGUGGAUGUACUCGGCCGGGUCGAGCGGCUUGCUGAGGAUAUGGGAUACUACAACACACCAAGAGAUCACUGCGAAACAGGAUUCCAAGUCAGAAGCCGAGUCUAUUCUGUCGGUCGUCUCGCUACCCCAUCAAUCCCUCAUCCUCUGCGCCCAGUCGGAUUUCACGUUGGCAUUGUAUCGGAUACCGUCGCCUGGAGACAUCACUUCCAUGGGCAAGUUAUCCAUGGAGCCGUUCAGGCGGAUAUCUGGCACACACGACGAGAUUCUCGACCUGGCGUUCGUCCUUCCCGACCAGUCCAUGAUGGCGCUUGCCACGAACUCGGAGGAUAUCAGGCUUGUCUCUGUCGCCGACACUGCGACGCAAGCUGACGGAGAGCAAGGCGGCGCCUACUUCGGGCAUGAUGUUGCGUUACUAAAGGGCCACGAAGACAUCGUCAUGUCUCUGGACGUCGACUGGUCCGGCCACUGGGUCGCCAGUGGCGCAAAAGACAACACGGCCCGUCUGUGGCGCGUCGAUCCGGCCAACAACUCGUACACCUGCUACGCCGUCUUUACCGGCCACCUAGAGUCGGUAGGGGCGGUUGCUCUUCCAAAGGUGGUUCCCUCACAAGACUCGGACGCCUUCAAGAACCCUCUCGACCAUCCGCCAGCAUUUCUCAUCUCUGGUUCUCAGGACAGAUUUGUCCAAAAGAGAGAUAUCCCGCGGCAGUCGCAAAAAGCGAAGGUAUCCUCAAGUCUGAAGCGGCUGGCUCACGACAAAGACAUAAACGCGCUCGAUGUCAGCCCAUCGGGGCGGCUGUUUGCCUCGGCGUCGCAGGAUAAGACAGUCAAGAUCUGGGAUGUGGAGAGGCUCGAAGUGCAGGGUAUCCUCAGGGGGCACAAGAGGGGUGUCUGGACUGUCAGGUUCGCCCCGCUCCACACGCCGGCCAUCCACGGCGAGCAAGGUUCGGUUUCCGGCAAGGGCGUCAUCCUGACGGGGAGCGGCGACAAGACCAUCAAGCUCUGGAACCUGUCGGACUACACCUGUCUCAGAACCUUCGAGGGCCACUCGCACAACGUCCUCAAGGUUGUAUGGCUGCACAUUCCCACCGACGACGCCGCCGCCAAGAAGCGGAUCCAGUUUGCCAGUGCGGGGGCCGACAGUCUGGUCAAGGUCUGGGACGCCAACACCGGCGAGACGGAGUGCACGCUCGACAACCACGAGGACAGGCUCUGGACCCUCGCCGUGCACCCCAAGACCAACACUCUCGCGUCCGGAGGCAGCGACUCCAAGGUUACCUUCUGGAAGGACACCACGGCCGAGACGCAAGCCGCGGCCACCGAAGCGGCGCUCAAGCUCGUUGAGCAGGAGCAGGAGCUCGAAAACUACAUUCACGCGGGCGCCUACCGAGACGCCAUCGUCCUGGCCCUGCAGCUCAACCACCCGGGCCGUCUCCUCAACCUCUUUACCAACGUCGUCACGAACAGCACGCCCGAGCCGGGCAGUCUGUCUGGCCUGAAAGCCGUGGACGACGUCCUCGCCGGGCUGUCGGACGAGCAGAUCUUCCUGCUGCUGCUGCGGCUCCGCGACUGGAAUACCAACGCCCGGACGGCGCCCGUCGCGCAGAGGAUCCUCUGGGCGCUGGUCAAGAGCUACCCGGCCGACAAGUUCUCGAACCUGUCGGUCAAGGGGGCGAGGGGCCAGAGGAGCCUCCGCGAGGUCCUGAACGCGCUGCGCGUUUACACGGAGAGGCACUACAAGCGGAUGGAGGAGCUGGUGGACGAGAGCUACCUGGUCGAAUACACAUUGCAGGAGAUGGACAGCUUGGCGCCGUCGGCACCGGAAGGCGUUGAGGAGGAUGGAGACGCGGAGGAUGGGGACGCGGUGAACCCGAAUCUGCGCGUAUCAUCCACGCUCGGGCUCGUUUAACCCGUCGGGCAACUUAUGCCUCUCGGUGUACGGUUGGCGCAACCGCAAAUCAGGGGAGAGCCUUUUUCGAUGAGCUUGGUCCUCAGGUACGGCAUGGCGGCUGUAGGCAAGCAUGUCGUCCGUCAGCACA